AGCCGCAGUGCUUCAACCCUCCUCUCAAAACUGUCAAAACGUGUGCAUUACACAGUGCAGCGUGAGCACAUGUGAAGUCUGCAGUUGUAUUAAAGUCGACAGUUUCUCUUGAAGAAUGUUUGCUUCCCUCUUUGUGGUCAUGCUGGGGUUGUGCUACUGUUGCAAGGAGAGCAAUCAGACUUUUCUGGGGACUCCAGAACUGUCUGGCCCUACGGAGGCUAUGGUGAAAGACAUUGUAAUAUUUAAUUGUGAACUACAUAGCAACCAUUUGAAUGAAUCCAUCCUGCUGCAGUUAUUUAAGAGGGGUCAGAAUGCCAAGUUGUUGGGCGACCACACCUCUUUGGACGGGGAGCCUGGAACCUUCACCGUUAUAAUCAAUCCGUCCCACGAGGGCAACCUGCAGUGUGUGGCCAGACCACAGAACAGGUCUAACAUAGAGCCCACCGUCAGCAACACACUUUACCUGAGUGUUUUUGAACCAGUGGAAGAUGCAAAGAUCGCCGUCCGCUCAGGUCCAAAGGAGUUCUUUGAAGGGAACAGACUGGAGCUAUUCUGUAAUCUUACUGUAGGAAAAAACGUGUCCUACAUGUGGCUGCUGAAUGAUCGGCCUAUCUCUCGGUCUCCUCGCGUUUCUCUUUCAGCUGAGAGUCUCUCGAUCAGCAGAACCACGUCAAAAGACAGCGGCUCCUACAGAUGUGAGGCUUCCAAUGAGUUCAACAAUACUGUCUUCACCGUCAACAGCUCUGAAGUUGUAAUCACUGUCAAAGACGUGGUGUCAACCCCUGAUAUCUCCUUCACCGUGUUAAAGGACGAGUCCCACAACUAUUCUGCCGUGGUCACCUGUCAGUCGACAAAAGGGACUCCACCUGUCAUCUUUUCACUCUACAACAGGGAAGUACUGGUCGCCAAUAUGACGAGUGAAGACAGAAGCGCCGUAUUUAAGGCUCCAUUGGUCUUGGAUCGGCACUUGGGAUUCCUCCAGUGCCAGGCGAACAAUGGAAACCAGACUGCAUACAGUCAAUGGUUGCCGUUAGAAGCUGUCUCGGUUGGUGGGCCUGUGACGAUGCGCCACGACUAUGACUUUGGAGAAAACUAUGCUGUGACUGGCAUGAGGUUCUACUGCAAGGCGGCGAAGGGAACACAUCCACAAUACCAGUGGUUCCUCAACAAAACGCUUCUACAUGGCCUAGGAAGCUUCUACAAAGUGGUCAACCAGGAUCCAAAACAAUCGAUGCUCUUGCUGUCUGUCAGUAGGAGCAGCACUGGGACGUACCGCUGUGAAGUGUCCAAUAGCUUUGACAACACCACUGUGAUAAGCAGUAAGAGGAAAUAUGUGGAUAAAGAAGUCCUUAAUCGUCUCCCCGUCUUAGUAGUGGCAGUCGUCUUUGGAUGUUUCACUUUCCUGAUUCUCCUGGUCUCCGUUUGUUGUGGGAUUGGAGUGGUGUACAGGCGAAGGCAGUAUGGAGAGAAGUCUCUGUUGGGCCUGGAGAUGGAGAGAACGGUAGCUGCCUACGAGGGCGAACUGGACUUGUCUGAGUACAACGAGGAUGCUGAUGUAGUGGAGACAUCAGGAGGGGAUGAAUUUGAUCAGGCAUCUGAAGCUUCUCUGGACGAAUGGCCCCAAAUUGCAGAGCAGAAGAAGACGUUGGAGGAUGAACCAAUUGAGUUACCAUGAAGAUUCAAACUGAUUGCUCCAUAUAAACACAGACUUGUGUGGUUAAAUAAACCUCUUCUCAUUGUGUUA